AUGAUUAACAAACAAUCAACACAAGCAGAUCUUGCAGUCCAACAUCUGAAUUUAAGUGAACAAAGCAUAUAUGACCGUAUGGAUGCAUAUAAAUUACCCAAACCUGACUCAACUUCAGAACAAGUUUUAACUGAUGGAAUAAAUGAAUUAACAUCAAAAUUUCGUGAUAUUAAACGUGUCAGUCAUAAUGGAUUAUAUUGUAUUGUUUGUGGUGACAUCAGCAGUGGAAAACAUUAUGGUAUUUUAGCAUGUAAUGGUGUAGUGGUUUUUUUAAACGAUCUAUGUCAAGCUGGUAAUGGUUUAUGUAUUAUUGACAAAGCUCACAGAAACCAGUGUCAAGCAUGUCGAAUGAAAAAAUGUAUCCGUAUGGGUAUGAAUAAAGAUGCUGUUCAGAAUGAACGCCAACCAAGGAAGAGUUCACACUUUACCGCUCAAGGUAAUUCAACACCACCUAAGCGUCAAGCACUAGAGAUAUCGCAUUCGCCAAAUGACAAAUCAUUUAUUUCAGAAUCUGCUAAUAGCGAACUGACGAACGAUAAGUCGUUUGGAGAAUCAAUUAGCGUACCUAAAGAUAGCUCAAACCAUAGUGCUUCUGACUAUACACCACUUAAUGAAAACAAUCUAUCGGAAGGUGUUAACACUUUUGAAACAUUUUUGCAAACGAAUCAGAGUGGAUUCAAAAACACCGUUUAA